AUGGAAGAUUUGAACAUGCUUGCGGCCGAUUGUGUUGUCAUUUCAUGUUGCUGCCAGUGCUUGAUGCUGCAAAUUAUCAUGCUUUUGUUGCGAAAGAUGGUGAGGAAAACAAGAGAAUAUGGUAAGAGGAUAUUUUGCCAAAGGAAGGGGGUGCAAAGAGAAAUGGGAUCUUACAAAGAUGUGAUUUUGAGAAUUCAUGAAAAAUCAUUUAGAAGUCAAGAUGAUGAUGUGCACAAUUGUGGUUGUUGUAUAGUUGAAGUUGAGAAAGUGAUGGAGGAACUUUGUGAGAAGGGAGAGUUUGGAUUUGGAAGCUUUUGGGGUAGGAAAGAACCAUGGGGUGAUCCUAAAGUUGUCAAUGAUCAAAUUGAUGUUAGUUCUCUAAGAUAUCAAAUAGUUGAUUUGAGACAAAUAUAA